AGUGAGGCAGGAAUAGGCGGGAAUGAGCUGCUCCUCAGCACUGCAAUUGCUGUGGGUGUAAGCGGAAGCCACCAAUGCCUGACAGGUAGCUCCGCGAAUCCCUGAAGUGCGCGAGUUAGAAAUCACAAGUUCGGGAGGCGCCUGACAGAACCGCAAACAUGGAGAGUACGGUGGCCAAAUACGUGUCGCAGAAGAUCAGCAAAACUCGCUGGCGCCCGGUGCCGGCCUCCUCCUUGCAGCAGCCGGAUGUGUUUGCAGCGGGCUCCUGGGAUAAUGAGGAAAACAAAGUAUCUGUGUGGUCUACUGGAGACUUUGGCGCCAUAUCUAUGGAGGAAGAUUACCUGGCUGACCCCAAACUGUUGUGUGACAUCAGACAUAAAGGAGAUGUGAUGGACUUGCAGUUUUUGGAUCAAGAGAGAAUUGUAACAGCCUCGUCAACGGGAAGAGUAACAGUCUUCCGCCACCAUCAAGGCAAUCAGACUCUGUCAGAAAAGCAGAAAUGGGAAUAUGCUCAUCACCAUGUUGGUUCUGUUGGCACUGGAGCUCCCUGCACUGGUAUCGUGUGCAGCAAUCCUGAAAUAGUCUCUGUUGGUGAAGAUGGUCGUAUAAAUCUUUUCAGAGCCGACAGCAAAGAGAUUGUGCGGACAAUUGAUGAUGCAGAUAGUAGUACCAUCCAUGCAGUAAUCUUCCUCCGUACUACAGAAAUCUUAACGGUUAAUUCCAUUGGGCAGUUGAAGAUGUGGGACUUCAGACAGCAAGGGAAUGAUCCAACACAUAUAUUCUCCAUAGCCAAUGAGCGCAUGCCAUUACACUGUUUAGACAGACAUCCGAGUCAGCAGCAUGUUGUAGCUACAGGUGGUCAGGAUGGCAUGCUGUGCAUCUGGGAUGUUAGACAGAGCCAGACACCAAUAUCUCUCCUCACUGCCCAUGAUGCUGAGAUGUGGGAGGUCCAUUUUCACCCUUCAAAACCUGAUCAUCUAUUCACGUGUUCGGAGGAUGGGUCUUUGUGGCAUUGGGAUGCAUCACCUGAAGUUAUGGAAAAGCCUUCAUUUCUGGGAGGAAGAGGAAACUCAAACUUGUCCCGUAGCGCUAUGGGGCAGUCGUUCAGCCAGUCAUUGAUGACUGCGUGGCUAAAUAAUGAUCCCACCAAAGGACACCUGGAAAUUACAAACUUUUUACCCAGUAACAUUCGAUCUGUGAACAGCCUGGAUAUCUUAGGAGAAUACCUUGUCUGUGGUACGGAUGCAGAGUGUAUCUACGUUCUGAAACGGCCUCUUGCUUAACCCGCAAAGAACUGCAACAGAUGGAAUGAAAGAAAAGUUUGGAUGCUCCACAGACUGAAGUUGCCUGCUCAUGUAAUUUGUAUUACCACAGAAAAAACUACUGGUUGAGUUGACCAAUAACAUGUUCUUUAAAAAAAAAAAAAAAAAAAAAAGUAUCUGA